AUGGUGGCUGAUGAGUCCAUUUUUGGGGUGCUCUUAGAAAAUAAUGAAAUUAUUAGCUACACCCACGAGUUUGCAACUCCAAUUGCUCCAUCUGGGAUAUUUAAGGCUUUGGUUCUUAACUCAUACAAUCUUAUGCCGAAUAUUGUUCCUCAAGGCAUCAAGAACAACGAGUUCAUCAGAGGCGAUGGCAGCAUAGGACGCAUUAAGCUGACCAACUUUGCCAAAGUUGACAAUUCAGGCAGUCAUUUGAAGUACUUGAAGCACAAGAUUGAUGCCAUUGACCCUAAGAAUCAUGUGUGCAAGUAUACUUUGAUUGAGGCUGAUACAGUUUUUGACAAGAUUAAGUCAGUUGCUUAUGAGGUCAAGUUUGAAGCUUCAAGUGAUGAUGGAUGUGUUUACAAGAUGACUAAUGAGUAUCACUAUAAGGCAAGAUCCAGGAAAACAUCUCUCAUUUGGAACGGCCCCAAUCCGAGGGAAUGCCCAGUGUUGCUGAUAGAAGAGGCCAUGAAGGCCAUCAAGUCCAGGAGCCUUCGAAACCCCCAGCUGAAAGGUAGCCUGUUGAUAUUGCAAUUGAGAGAUUCGCUGAUGGCAAUUGCUAAACCGUGCCUUGCUCUAGCUAGUUAA